UUACCGGUUCGUGAUCUGAACGUUCGAUCGUCGUCGAUAUGGAGUUUACGAUCGACGAAAUGCAGCAGCUGGUGGCAAGUUCAUCAACUGCUGUGGUCAAGUGGAAACCAGUGGAGAGGACAAUACUCAUUUUUCCGACUCUAUCGAGGCGCUUUGCAAUUGGGUUGGGAUGGACUUUAUUAUGCUGCACCGAUUUUGAGUCUUUGA